AUGUCAGGUAUUCCGGUGGUCACCGACGAGGACGGCGUCCAAAGUCUAGCCGGGCCAAUCUUUGAGUUUGAUUACAUUAAUGUCAACAAGAACGAGACGAGGUUCCUGAUCUUGCUGCCUUGCGGUGGAGAUAAAGGAGCCCCAGAAAACCAUGUCAGGUGUUCACUUGAGGUCCAACCACUGACCGAGGCCGAUCCUUUUGUCGCAGUCAAAAAUGGUCGUGGCUAUAGGUUGAUGCAGUUGCCCAUCGAAAUCAAUGGGAAAUAUCUACUCGUCUCCAUCGCUCUCGAAAGGUUCCUCAGGCAUUACAGGAAAUCCGACGUUCCUGUCCGCCUUUGGCUACGCUAUUUGUGUGUCAACGAUAAAGACGCUGCAGAAAUGUCUUCUCAGUGGACCCGACCAUGGGUUGACAAGAUGUAUGAGCUGGCUGAAUCCAUCGUUGACAUGCAGCCGUUCUUACGCGACCUUCAGGAUCGAGGUGUGUUCGAACAUGCAGUUGACGCGAGGUAUAUGGACUGGACCAAAGAAUGGGAAGAACCGCCAGAAUCCGGGCCAUUGCCCAAGAUAUUCCCUGUCCGGUUAGGAGCAAAACCUGCUCCUGAAAAUCCCACAGCGAAUUACGAGUACGUGCCGUUGGACACAGUCGCAGACGAGACUCGCAUUGCCGUGAUCUCAAAUAACCCAGAUCGGGAGGCGCCUCUGUCAAUUUAUCUGGCCCACUGCCCCGUCGUCUGUGAGGUUGCAUAUCAUGCGUUAUCCCACACAUGGGGCUUGGAUCAUGAGAGCUGCGACAUCAUCGUGACGGGUCAGAAGUGGCAGAUGCGCAGAAAUCUUGAGGUUGUGCUUCGUUACCUGCGUUCCCCAACGCAUGGAUUCGCCAUCUGGGUGGACACCCUUUGUAUCGACCAGUCCGACCUUUCGGAACGCAAUCAUCAGAUCGACCGCAUUGCUCGCAUAUUCGACCGGGCUGCCUGUGUUAUCUGUUAUGUCGGUGAUUCUGACCAGUACAGUGACCUUGCCUUGGAUUUCGUCAAGCAUUUACACUCUCUCCCAGUGGUGCCAUGUGAUGAGAACGGGAAUUGGAAGGUCGGGCAGCCUGAACGUAUCAGUGUCUCAAAACUCCCAGAAUACUGUGCCGCACUAUAUCUAUUCCUCAAACGACCGUACUUCCGCCGUGCGUGGAUCAUUCAGGAAAUUGCCCUGGCUUCCAGUCCAGUCAUCGUUUGCGGAGACAGACAUGAUGUUUCCCUCCGCCUGCUCGACCAAGCCACGCACAAUCUAUUCUAUAUGAUCUCCCAAGACGCGGAACUUUGCGAGAACAUGAUGAAGUCCGCACCCGAGAUUGGCGAAGUCGACAUUGACGAAUUAUACUUCGUGCGCAAACUGUUCUACUUCCGACAUCUACACACUGGAGGUGCCUUGUAUGGAUGGAAAAGAGCUGAAGUUAGCGCGACCUCGCCCGGUUACCUGGAGACUCUGAUCCUUGCCAGGAAUUUCCAAGCCACCAUCCCACACGACAAGAUUUUCGCCCUAUGGAAUGUGGCCAAUGACAAAAAGGGACUGGAGUUCGCAAUGGAUUAUUCCGUUCCCUUUGAUCAGACUUGUAUGAACUUCGUCAAGGCGUGGUGUGCGCAAACUGGUUCCUUGGACAUCAUCGGUGCGGCGGAAUUCGCACGUCCCAGUGAUACCAAUCUCAACAACUUCUACGCCACCGCCUCAUCCUGGUGCCCCGACUGGAGCGUAUCAUCUCAGGCCAGCUCUUUUAUUCGCCGAGAAACCUUCCGCAUGGAAUCCAUGGAUUGGAUGGACGACAUCGACGGCACGAUCUACUGGGCCGACGGUGGCGUACAUCAAGAGCCAGGCACCGACAAAUUCUUUACCUUCGAAGGCAGAACAUUAUAUUGCACAGGCUUAAUUCUAGACCACGUGAUGGCAUCUCUACCGAGGAACCCAAAUGACUCUUCUGUGGCCGCAAAAGUCGGCGGUCUCCUCGGCGCAAACAAGCACUUUGAAGCCGAGGGCAAGAAAACGCCCUACGAAGAUGCCGAGCAAGCAGUCAUGGCAAUGAUGCACGGCGACGUUGUCGCUGCAUGGCCACGCCGUGAAGAUAACAUGGAGAAUGCCGACGAGGAUCUCCCAAUGGAAUCGUACGUGUGCACCCCUCGGCGGCCAAGAGCGUGCCAGGAGCGUUUGCCCUCUGAGUCGCGCCACGUCCCGUAUUACGCGGGCGGCUACAGACGCUCCGAAGCAUACCACGUGGCGCGCACGAUCCUGCGUGGGAGAAUCCCCUUCAUCACCGCAAAGUACUAUCUCGGCCUCAUGCCGGAAUACGCUGUCGCGGCUGAUGGGGAGACACGGACCUUGGUCGUCGCGAUCCUGGCGACGUGCUCGGUGCCGGUGUUAUUAGAGGAACACCCAAAGGUUCCUGGGGCGUAUAGGCUUGUCGGGACGUGUUUCGUGCAAGGUUGGAUGGAGGGCGAAGUCUUGUGCGAGGAGAUGGGUUGCGAUGACCCUGCGGAGUUUUGGAAUGCGUUGGAAGGGAGUGAGAGGUUAAGGAUCUUGUGA